CGGUGUCUUUCUCGUCAAGGUGUCGUUUUCGAGAAACGUCUGCCAGUUAAUUUCUGAGAAUUUCGACACUUUUCCCUUCACUAUUGGCAGAGGUUGAAGUGGACUUAUUUGCCAAAAAUUAGUUUUGAAGAAUCUACGAGUUCUGACGGACAUGCCACUGAUGCUAGUAUCGCAGUAGACGAGUAAAGCACAUCUCAUGCGGCCACUUUAAAGGUGAAGGAUGUCAUCUGUUCACUACAAGUUCAAAAGCAGCAUUGAAUAUGACACGGUGACCUUCGAUGGACUCCACAUCUCACUAGCAGAUCUAAAAAAGGCCAUUUGCACCCAGAAGAAAAUUACCAGGGCAGAGUUUGAUCUGCAGGUCACCAAUGCACAAACUGGGGAAGAAUAUGUCAACAAUGAUGCCUUGAUACCUAAAAAUGCAUCUGUGGUGAUUGUGAGAGUACCCAUCGGUGGAGUCAGAGCCAACAUCGUUGCGGAGCCACCAAAGAUGGACAGCCAACAGAAACCAGGCGAAGACACCUCUAGAAUGACCAUUGAACAACUCAAGAAGACCUCAGACCUUGCAAAUGCAAAUGCCUCAGAAGAUGACAAAAUUCAGGCAGCCUUGUUCCAAUCAAGUCAUGAGUACGACCCUUCAAAAUAUGAACGGUAUGGUGGAAGAUACGGUAACAACAUGCGUCCUGGCCAGAAUUAUACUUGCCACAGAUGUCAGAAGCCAGGCCACUUCAUCCGUGACUGCCCCAGAGGACCGGAUCCAGCUCGACCAUCCUACACCGUAGCCCGCUUCCCAAGAGUCAGCUCCGGAAUACCUCGGGAGUUUAUGACAACUGUCGACGACCCAACCAUCAAGGGAGCCAAGCUUACAAGCUCGGGCCACUACGCUGUGCCCACAAUCGACCACAAUGCCUACCAGACUAUCAAGAAAGAAAAACAUCCCUUCCUAAAGAGCAACUCGCCCGAGCCAGAGGAGGAGACGAUUGAGAUCCCAGCCCAGCUGCUCUGUCCGCUGUGCAGUAAUCUCAUGACCGACUCAGUGCUCAUCCCCUGCUGUGGGAGCAGUUUCUGUGAUGAGUGCAUCAGAGAUUACCUCCUAGAGACUGAUGAUCACCAGUGCCCUAUAUGCAAGGAAACUGACGUCUCCCCAAACUCACUCUGCCCAAAUAAAGUGCUCCGUCAGACGGCCUUGGACUUUCAGCACGAGACAGGCUUCACCAAGAAGAUAGUGCCCAAGCAAGCCAGGCCCAAGCCGCUUCCCCCAGCACCUGCCCAGCCACCACCUAGCCAGCCUGCUCAGACGGCGGCACCUCCCACCACAAAGCCUUCCACACCCCAGUCCCAAGCCACUUCUUCCUCUAAAUCGUCAGCAGCAACAACGACAUCAGUGACUAGAAAGCCAGAUCAGGUAACCCAGCAAGUCCCAGUCCUCAGUGUUAAAGACAGAAGGACCUAUGAACCAAGAUACAGCCAAUACCCCAGGGCUCCCAGACCAGAAUACCAGCCCAGGCAACAAACAGACCAGCAAGGGCUCAGAUAUCAUGUGGACAAUCGUGGGGGGCCACCUCCAGAGCCCAGAUACCAAGACCAGCCUAGACCCAGAUACCAAGCUCCUCCAACCAGUUACUCAGGCCCACCCCAAAGACACCAUGAUGGACCACCACCCCAUGGAGGCCCUUACCAGGGCCCUCCACAGCAAGGCCCUCCACCUCGUGGUCCCCCACAUCAAGGACCACCUCAGCAAGGCCCUCCAUAUCAAGGUCCUCCACUAAGAGGUCCCCCUCCUGCAAUACCACCUCCACAGCAGAUUCCUCACCAAAGGCCACCACCACCGAGGCCUCCACAACAGGGACCUCCAUUCCAAGGUCCCCCUAUUUCAGGGCCCCCACCCCGUGGCCCACCUCCUCAGCAAGGCCCACCCCCUCCAAGGCCCCCUUACCAAGGUCCACCCCACCAGGAGCCUCCUUACCAAGGACCUCCCCCUCCUCAGAACCGGCCGGCACCCCCACACCAAGGUCUUCCACCACCCCAUCUCACAGGGCCACCACCUCAAGCACCUCGGCCCACUCUUGGCCCACCACCUGGCCCAACUUCUCAGCCGAACUACCAGAGACCCCCUGCACCUCUGCCACCACCUCGAGGCUUACCACCACCUGUCCAGCACCCUCCCCCAAACCAGGGACCAGCACCUCGUGGUCCACUGCCAAACAUGAAUGUAGCUCCUCCUCGUGUGAAUGGUCCACCUGUUGGAGGCGCACCUCCAGCCAGACCACCAGCACAUCCUCUACAAGGGGCUCCUUUAGUUUCUGGACCAACAGUCCCGUCUGCUGUUCCAGCCAAGCCAGCGCCACCAUUCCUACCUGCUGGUCCCGGAAAUAGACCACUGACAGAGGAAGAGUUCUAUGAGGAAAAAAAGAGACUUCAACAAGCUGACAAUAGACAAGUUGCUCCCAAGAGAUUGGACCCUAUGGACGAGUUUGCCAACCAUCUGAUGGAGUAUGAGCGUGACCAGAAGCUUCGGCAGUCCACUUCACGGUCCCGCAGCAGGUCAUCUCGCUCUAGCAGCAGCUCCUGGUCCAGCUCUCUGGGCUCAACCUCAAGAUCUUCCUCUGUCAUCAGUUCGCGGAGCCGAUCCCGUUCCAGAUCCAGAACCAAGGCUAAGCGGCGAUCCAGGUCACGGUCCAGGUCAAGGUCGAGGUCAAGAUCAAGGUCCCGGUCACGACAUCGUGUGUCACACCGCAGAACCCGUUCCCGAUCCUGGGACAAUCGCAGGCCUCUGCCACGCCGAUCCAGGUCACCACGUCGGAGGUCCCGCUCCCCACGCCGAUCCCGCUCUCCUAUUAGGAGGCGGCGGUCACGAUCACGUUCAUUCCCAAGGAUUCGGGCACCUCUCAGACCUAGACCAUUUAUGAGAAGAUCUAGAUCUCGAUCGCCCCCUCGUCCCUACUACCCAGCAACAAGGUCACCUCGGUACAGAGAUCACUCGCCCUAUCCCCGCUAUGAUCCGCGUUAUGAUCAAAGAUACGAUCCUCCACCACCUCCUGCAAUGCAUCCUUACCCGCCACCCCUCAUGCUUCCACCCCAUCCCAGUGAGCCUUAUCCUCGUUAUCCAGAAGAAAGGUUUCCCAGAUUUGAACAGCCCUAUGGUCCAGAAUUUGAUGGCAGGCCUGAAUUCCGACCUGAUUACAGAGCAGAGUUCAGACCUGAUCUUGGUCCAAGACCAGACAUGAGACCAGACAUUAGACCAGACAUUAGACCAGACAUGAGGGAGUCUGGUUACCCUCCUGAACACGAUGAACAAUACGUAUACAGAAACCAGUACCCCAGUGAGUACCCUGACAGGCCCCCUCUCACCCCUGUGGAACCACAUGAUUCACCUCUUGACAGGGAAGCUUGGAGCCGUUCAAAUCGUUCACCUUUCAGGGAGGCUGAAGACAGACCCAACCGAUCCAGUCGAGACCGAGACAGGCACAGGAGAGGUGAUAGAACAAAGUCAAGAGAUAGAGAGGUGCGAGACAAAGACCGCAACAAAGAAAACAUUGAGAAAAGGAAAAGCUUGGAGAAGGAUCAUAGUCGGGAGAGGAGUAGAGAUAGAGAGAAGGUUGACCAGGACAGAAUUGAGGACAGAGACAAAAAAGAAAAGUCCAAAGACAGAGAAAAGGAGAAGGAGAAAAGUAAAAGUAAAGACAAAGAGAAGGGGCGAGAGCGAAAGCAUUCAACUUCCAAGCACAAACGGAAGCACAAGCACAAGGAGGAUAAGUCAGAAGUCUCCAAAGCAGAUAAUAAAAAUGAUAACAAAGAUGAGAAAGUUGCCACUGAAAAGCCUGAAGAGGCAAAAGAGAACACAGACUCUGUCAAAAAAGUGAAAUCCCCUAAGCACAAGAAAACCAAGAAGAACAAGAAAUCAGACUCGGACCCCCAGAAUGUAGCUGGGGAUGGCGAGGGGACCAAGACAUCGAAGGAGAAAAAGAGCAAAGACAAGGAGGAAAAGAAGAAAAAGAAACGCAAGCUUGCCAGUAAAUCUGAAACCAGCACCGAGCAAGCAUCAACCUCAGAAGAACCCAAGGCAAAGAUGGCUAAGAUUGACAGUGAUGGUGAACAGAACAAAGCUUCCAAGAAAGCUUCCAAGAAGGAAGGAAAGAAGAGUAAAAAGUCCAAGACAACAAAAACUGCAGACAGAGAUGUGCAGGCUGAGCAAGAAACAUCCAGCAAGCCAGCAAUCAUUGCCAGUUACUCCAGUACCAGCUCUCCCGGUGGGAGUCCCCUCCAUACAGCAGUGAGCAACACCAGUGCCCAUCCUGUCAAAGAGGAGAUCAAGGAAGAACCCGUUCAAGACCAACGUCAUGUUAUCCAGGUGAGCGCACAGAAAGCAGCAAGUGAUCAGGCCGAUGCUUCAGAGGCCAUCAAAGAAGAAUUACCUGUCCCGCAAGAGCCAACCAAAGUCAAGGAUGAACCAAUGGAAAAGGGAGAGGCUCUACCAGAUAGUGAAACAGUGGAAAUGAAAAUAAAAACGGAAAAUUCCAGCCCCGUAAAAACUGCCGACAACAUCCCUGUUAGUGAUAGUAAAAUCAACAUUCCUACAUUGGAAAAGAGUUUGAGCACGCAGUCAGAGAGUGCAAACAGUGACUUGAUUACUGUUGCAGUACCUGUCUCACGGUGGGAUAAAGAUGAGUAUGAGUCAGAACCCUCGCCUGGACCCUCUGCUGCUCCAUCGCCAAAGACACUCCUUGACAUGGAGCACAGUGAAGAGAACUUCGAGCCUGAUUAUGAAGAGGAGCUUGAGGUAGACAAGGAAGAUGCUAAAACCAGUGAGAAGAAACCAGAAAGCCUGACUGAGGAUAAGAAAGCUCCUGCAAAAGAGAGAAGGUCCAGCUCAAGCAAAGACAGGAGUGGAAGUCCUGAGAAGAGAGAUAAGGAGCUUAAGGAGAACAAAGCAAAUCCACCAAAGAAACGAAGGAUCAGUCCCAUAAGAGCCCCAAGCCCAAGAGCAAAGGAAAGAAAGCACAGUCCUGCACCAGUUAAGAAGAAGAGCCCAUUGAGAGAGCGCAAGAGCAGCCCCCAUCAAGACAGACGAAGCAGUCCUGGACGGGACAGACGUACCAGCCCGCUGAGGGACAGGCGGCGCUCACCUAACCGGGGAAGCAGACCCAGUCCGUCAAGAACAAGGAGGCCUAGUCCCACAAGAGUUGUCCAGGGUCGUGAUCGAAGUCCUGCCCACAGGGAGAGAAGACCAAGCCCGAUUAGAGAAAGAAGACAGAUUAGCCCCAUCAGAGAAAGAAGGUCCAGCCCCAGCAGAGGAAGACAUGCCAGCCUUCCUCGAGAACGACGGAGCAGCCCCCCCAGGGAGAGACGCCAUAGUCCCAUCCGGGAGAGAAGACUUAGUCCUGCCAGGGAAAUGCACAACAGGGACAGACGGAUCAUUAGCCCCAAGCGAGAACGAAUCAGGAGCCCUGUCAGAGAUCGUAGGAGCAGUCCUGUCCGGGAGCGACACCCUAGCCCUCGUCGGUCCAGCCCACCCAGGGAGAGGAAGCCAAGCCCUGAGCGACGACAGCGGCGGGUCAGCCCCACCAAAGAGAAACAGGAGUCGAAGAAGCGCAAGAGCAGGAGCCCAAGUCGCAGCACCAGUCCCAGCAGCAGCAGCAGCAGUAGUGAGGAGGAGGAAGAUAGCUCCAGCAGUUCCAGCGAGGAGAGCAGUCCCAGCCGCAGCCCCAGCAAGGAGAGAAGCUCCAAGAAGAAGCGUACCAAACGACGCCACAAGAAGCAUCACAAGAAGCACAAGAAGACCAGCAAAAAAGCCAAGAAGAACUCCACCUCUCAUAAGCACAAGCACAAAAAGCCCAAAAAGAAGAAGAGCAGGCACAAGGACUAAAGACCAGCUGCCAAUUUUACAAACGUUUGCACCAAUGUUACAAAACUGAGCUAAGUUUGCACUACUCUUGAGCCUUGUUCCACCAAAUUGUGGCAUACUUGUGCAAUAUACGUACAGUCAGUUUCGCGAAAAGUUGCGUCCCUGCGCAAUGUUUUGAUUAUAUGAAACUUUUUGGAUGAGGACGAUCACGGCUUAUACGACAGCUGUAUCUUUAGACAGGAUUUAAAUUAACCCUUCAAUUUUGAAAAUGUUUUCGUCUUAUCUUUGCUGGAACUGAGCAGAAAAUCUCAAAGUUCCCUCACAGCCAACAGGUUUGUCAUUACUUCAAGAAAACAAGCAAAGUAGUACAUUUUCCAUAUAAACCUUGUUAAAUCAAGCAGUGAUUAGCCCUAACCAAACUUGGUUAGUCAAAUGGUCAUUCUUGAUUGUUUAGCACAACUUACGCUCCCUAAAAUGAUUGUGUGAGUUACACAAUAAUGUUUUUAAUUUUCAUAAAAAUACUUUUGAUGUGUUUCACGUCCACAGCAUGCUUAGGAAUUGUGGUGCAAUCGAAGCUAUGCUAUUGCGUAAAGUUUCAUAAAAUCCGCUGCAGUUUAUGCAACCAAAAUGUGAACUUGGAACACGUUUCACAAAGUAAUUGCCACUACAUAUUCAGCUACAUAUGCACCACCAGGAUUUUUUUUGUAAUGGCAUUGUGUGAUAUAUGUAGUGUAGUUCCUGCAUGCACUUCCGAAUAUAUUUUCAUAGGACAACAUCUUCCUGCACUUUAUGGACAUCUGAAAUCGAGAACUAGACUCAAGUAUUUGGGCGGCCAUUCUAAAUUCUAGUACAGUUGUUUUCUCAGACAGCAGGCUUUUGUCCCUCUCACAGACAAAAACAUCUUCAGUAUAGGAGGGCUUCUCUUUAUUCAGCUACAGAGAUACUUUACGUGUGACUGAAAGUAUGUUUCUUAAAAAAAAAACCCAAUAUUUAUCAGUUGCAGGGAGAGCAUAAUCCUCCACUUUUGUAGUAUGUAAGAGUGGCUCGUUUGUGAGAGUUUACAGAAAUACAUGAACAUCAUUUCCUUUGUAUUUUGUCGCAAUCUUCAGGAAGUGUUAAAUAUGCAUGUACUCUUUGGGUACAUGAAGUGAAAAGGACACAUUGAAUCAUUUAGGUUUCACAAAAGCAAAAAUAUCCUGAAUACACACGCAGUAUUUAUGCAUGAGUUCACGGACCUGUAUGUUGUCUCUGAGAAGGUUUGAUAAUCAAUGGAAUUGAUUUCCUCAUGACUGUUCUUCUUUUUGUUUGGCUUGUGGGUCGUAUUUAACCAUGAGAAACUGGUGAACGAGGAAUUGUUUAAUAUUUACCAUCAAGUAAAAUAAUUGACGUUCGGAAGGAACUGAAUUGAAAUAUUGGGAAAGCAAAAGAAACUGCAAUCAGCUGGGUUUGAUCUUCCCCUAAAGCGUGCAGUGUACUUUAAAGUAAGAUGAAAAGUGAUCCUGGAAUACUGUGGCAUGGUUUGAACAUGUGCCGUGACCUCAAAAUGAAAUGCCUGUCGGCUCUACAACCAAAAAGAAAAAGAUAUUUUGCUUUCAUUUUGUUUUUUUCCAAACUGAUUAUUGUACUUUUAGCCCAUGGUGUAUAAAAAAAUUGUACUUUUGAAAUAUGAUUUGGGUCUGUUGGGGUUACAGAUACAUAUAUGUGGAGCGGGUGUUAAGUUGAACUUGGUUCUGUGAUUACUGUAGUCACCUUAAUUUUUGCAUUGAUAAUUUGUGCAAGUGCAUUAUUGUUAGAGGGAAGACGCCUGCAGAUCUUGGGUGAUCAUGGCAGCUUUGUUUUUGGAAAGAUGCUGUGGUCUUGGUGUUUCCCAAUUGACUUUCUGUGUGUGAGGAUCUUUCUGCGCAUGGCGCCAACAACUCACUACCUGAAGGUUCCUACCGAACAAGUAGUCACAUUCUUCAAGUGUAAAAUGCAACAAGUCUGAAGAAAUUUCAUUUCAUAGUUUCAUGUUCAUUCUCUUUAAUUUUAGGGGUUUUGUCCCAAGACUUUUGUGGAAGAUGUUUUUGUAAAGGCGAGGCUUUAUGCCUGAAAUUUGUCAUCAGCAGGAAGUCUAACAAUCACAACUUCCAUUUUGUUUUAUAGUAAAUCCAUGCUGCUGUGUUUUACACAGUGCAUUCCUUUAAUAUUGUUGAAAUUGAGCCAUUCUUUACGUCAAGAAAAUCAUGCAAGGCAUGAAGUACUAUUAUUUUAUGUUCUUGUACUAUUUAAGUAAUUAUGUUGUACCAUACAAUAUUUUGUUUUCUUGUAUAAAGUAUGAAAAAGAAAAUUGUGAAUAAAAAAUUAUUGCAACUGAAA